AGUCGCCUUUGCCAGUUAGCAGUUACCAGUUGCCAGAUCCCUGAGCUGCUCUCGAGCACCAGAAACAGAAACAGCCCGGCAGUCAGCGCUGUGGCCUCGAAGCUGUAACAACAUCUCGCGUCGUCGCUCAUCUCUCAGAUACUCCUCCGUUCUCGCUCCGUGUUUGUCGUCUCCGGGCCGGGAGCGGAGUUCCGUGCUAACGUGUUAUCACCGCACGCGUUUCGCGUCGCUCUUGAUAAGGUGUCCCCUAUGCGAUUCCGAUUCCAAAUCGAUUCUGUACUAAAUCUAUCCAUAGAGAUCCGUAACACCGUCGGUCAUACCACAGAGUGAACUGUUACCGUAUCGCAAGUGCUAAUCAAAUCUAAAAAUGUUGCAAGCUUUCGCAAAUUGAUCCACUUUUCGGAUAUAUGAAUUUUGGUUUAAUAAUAGCCUUACAGAGUAUAAUAUUACAUAAGUAAGAAACAAAGCUAAAAUAAAUAAAAGAAAGCAAGGCUUGAAAGCAAAAGCUAAAGCUGGCAAGAGAAUUUUGUGCAAAAGACUUGGAUUAAAAACCGCCAAAAUUGUGGAGGCAAUUAAAAUGAAGACUGAGCUGCGUUCUUGCGCAGCGUGUGGGGAGCCAAUCUCGGAUCGGUUCUUCCUCGAGGUGGGCGGCUGCUCCUGGCACGCCCACUGCCUCAGGUGCUGCAUGUGCAUGUGUCCCUUGGACCGGCAGCAGUCGUGCUUCAUCCGGGAAAGGCAGGUGUACUGCAAGGCUGACUACAGCAAAAAUUUCGGCGCCAAGUGCUCCAAGUGCUGUCGCGGCAUCUCCGCCUCGGACUGGGUGCGACGGGCGCGGGACCUGGUCUUCCACCUGGCCUGCUUCGCCUGCGACCAGUGCGGCCGCCAGUUGUCCACCGGGGAGCAGUUCGCCCUCAUGGAUGACCGGGUGCUCUGCAAGGCUCAUUAUCUGGAAACGGUCGAGGGUGGCACCACAUCAAGCGACGAUGGCUGUGAUGGUGAUGGUUAUCACAAGAGUAAGACGAAACGUGUGCGCACCACCUUCACCGAGGAGCAGUUGCAAGUGCUGCAGGCCAACUUCCAGAUUGACAGUAAUCCGGAUGGCCAGGAUUUGGAGCGCAUCGCCUCGGUUACCGGUCUCAGUAAGCGUGUGACGCAAGUUUGGUUCCAGAACUCGCGGGCGCGUCAGAAAAAACACAUACAUGCUGGUAAGAAUAAAAUACGCGAACCGGAAGGAAGCUCAUUUGCGCGUCAUAUUAACCUGCAGUUAACGUAUUCAUUUCAGAAUAACGCACAGAAUCCAAUGCAUUUGAACGGCACUAAAGCGGGUCUAUACCCGGCCCAUGAAUCCUCCAUGGAUGAGCUGUCACAGGACUCGAGUGUGCACUGCAUGCCCAGCGAGGUGUGACUAGAACAAUCCUCGCCAGCACGAGCGCAUCGCUAGCUGGCCAGUGGCCACCCAAGAAACGUCCUCUCCUAGUCAAAAUUCUACAAUGUAAAGCGUUCACAAAUAAUGGAAACCUCAUCCAGCACCCAGCAAACCGAAAUACAAAGCAGACCCAGUUUAUAGGCUUUGAGCAAACCGACAAUUCCAACCAUCAAGUCACCAACCACAGUGAAAACUCAUCUACAAAAGACAACCUUCAUGCAACACAAAACAGCAACCACAACAUUCCUGCAUUACUGUAGUUAUAAACAAAGAAGUAUAAGAAAAACUGCAGCUUAGUUAAUUUAAUUUAAAUGAAAUUUAAAUUUAGUUUAGUAUAAUGUUCGGUAUUCGAUAAGUGUUUCGCCUAAACCUUAAAAGCUUAUUUCGAAGAUAAAAACAAAUGCUUGCCAAGGCUCCUGUAAUAUAUUUAUGUAUAUGUAAUCCUACCCAAUCAUUGUCGUAUACCUACCCAUGAGAAACGUUGUUAUUGUUUAUUUUCUUGUUUUUUAAAUGUAUAAAAAUCGAUAUAAAUAUAUAUAUUUAGAUUUAUAGUCGUAUCCUAAUUCUGGCCAGGCAUAUAAACAAAAUUGUAAAUAGUAAUGCUAGCCGAAAUUGACACAGUAAAUGGAAAACAUACAGCUAAAAACUAACAUUUAGUUAACAGAAAUUAUAAAAACCAUUACAAUUAAAGAUGAACAGAAAUCAAUUA